GAAAUACAUGCAUAUGUACAUGAUAACUUUCCUUAUAACAGUUGACUGCUCUGCUGUCUGAAGGUUUGGAUGUCGUGAGAUCUUCUUCCCGAUUUUUAUCAACUGAGUUACGAUGGAAAAUGAAAUCAACAAAAAAGCACUCAACCUUCAUCCGGAAAUUGUUUAUCAGCCAAAAGAAAUAAAAGAAAACCAAAAUUGGCGUUUCAGAAAAUUCGUCGAAAAGAAAUAUGGAUUGAAACUGAAUGAUUAUUGGGAACUUUAUGAAUGGUCUCGUCAAAAUUUUCGAGAAUUUUGGGAGUGCGUGUGGAUCUUCUUCGACAUUAUAAGUUCCGAGCCUUACACUGAAGUUUUUGAUAAAAAUGGAAGCUUUGAGAAUACUGACUGGUUCAAAGGAGCAAAACUCAACUUUUCAGAAAAUCUUUUACGUGUUAGAAGUUCUAAAACAGCUAUUAUAACAGCAGAUGAACACGACAACAUAGAGCAUGUAUCUUAUGAACAGUUGUAUACAGAAGUAGCUACAUAUGCAGAAGCACUCAAAUCCGUAGGGGUGAAGAAAGGAGACGUGGUUUCAUGUUACAUGUCAAACAGAAUUGAAGCUGUAUAUGCACACCUUGCGACUGCAAGCAUAGGUGCUUUGUGGAGCGGGGUUCUUCCUCUUCUAGGAGUAAAGGCUGUGGUUUCAAUGCUUGACCAAACAAACCCGAAAGUCCUCUUUGCUACAGGAAAUUUUCAUUUUGAUGGAGAAGAGAUAGAUAUGGUCCAGAGAAUACCCAAUAUUAUGAAAAGAUUACCAUCCUUGAAGAAAGUAGUAUUAAUUCCUUCAAAAGGCAAAAGGGAUGAGAUGAAAGAUCUGCCAGAAUGUGUUUCCAUUGAAGAUUUUCUCAGACCAGUCAGAGAAAAUAUCAGUAAAUGUGGAGCGAAUAUAAUUUUUGAACAGCUUCCGUUUAACUAUCCUUUCAGCGUAUUUUUCACUUCUGGCACUACAGGUUCUCCAAAAGCUAUAGUUCAUUCCCAUGGGUCAUUUUUAGCACCUUUAAGAGAUCUUGGACUAUCCUGGGACUGCACAAAUGAUGAUGUAUUGUUGAGCUAUACACCAGUUGGCUGGGUCACGUGGAAUUUCCUUGAAUGUUCAUUAUAUUUUGGACUAACGCUUGUCCUCUACGAUGGUUUUCCUUUUGAAGGGACUUCAACUCGUUUCUGGGACCUAGUGGACAAGUUUGGAAUUACUUCGAGUUUUAUAACAAGCCGUGCAGCUGAAAGAAUGGAGAACAAAAAAUACAUUCCAACUAAACUGCACAGUUUGAGGAGUUUGAAAAUACUUUGUCCCAUGGGAAAUGUCUGCAAGCCUCAAACAUUUGAGUUUUUCACGAAGACUGUCAAACCUGGAUUAUUUUUUUCAUCUGCCUACGGAACAACUGAAUACUUUGGGUUUCUAAGCGGAUCGGACUUCAAUCUUCCUGUCUACAAAGGCGAAGUUCAGUGUUGUUCUUUGGGUUAUGACCUGCGCGCUAUAAAUGAAAGAGGUGAUUACAUACUUGGCAAAAGAGGAGAUAUGGUUCAACUGAACCCGACUCCAGCUACUCCUGUCUUAUUUCUUGGUGGGGAUUCAAAAAAGAAGUUGAAGGAAACGUACCUUACAAAAUAUCCAGGUACUUGGGACAUAGGAGAUGAUGCCGGGAUCAAUCCAUCGACUAAAGGAUUCGUUGUGUGUGGAAGAAGUGAUAACGUCAUGAAACCUAAAGCUUCAAGAUUUAACUGUUCAGAUAUCUACUUUGCCUUGGAAGGGUUUCCCGGUUUCGUAGACAGCAUAUGUGUCUCAAAGUUUAACUCAAAACAAGAUGAGCGCAUAGUUCUAUUUUUGAAAAUGGCUCCGGGGCAUUCCCUCACUACCGAAGUUGAAGAUAAAAUUCGAAAGACAAUUCAAGAAAACCUUUCCUAUGAACAUGUUCCAGAUCUCAUCAUGGAAGUACCAGGAGUACCAGUUUCGUCGACGCUAACUCGCAGUUCCCUCGGAGGUAGGUCAUUUUUUCCUCCCCCGGGACUUACCACCAGCGACGACGGCACCGGGAACGUGGUGCUGGAAAGGAACGAGUUCAGUUCCUCAUCGUCGUCGUUCGAACAGGCGCCGAAGAAAAACGAAGGCGAACCCGAGAUCAUCGAAAUGAACGCAGGCUCCGGUGACGAUUCGAUCCUACCCAGCAUCGUUGCCGCUCAGAGCGUUUACGAGGAAGAGGGAUGCGUCUCGGCCGCGACGCCGCCGCCCCUGGACCUGACUUGCAAGGAAUCGAUGCCCGAUCUCGUCAUCGACGAAUCCCGAGACGACGAAAGACGAAAAGAACUCGAGAAUCUGGGCCUCAUUUUGGACGAAAACAGCAACAAGACCGAAGUCUUUAAGAAAAUGGCAGAAGUCAACGGUGUUCAACCUCAAGAACUGGUGUUGGAGAAAGAAAAGAGAAUCGAAACGUUUCGCGCACGUCCGGCGGGGGACAUCAACCUCAAUUACGUGCGCGUUCUGAGCAUCCCGGUCGGAAAAGACGAAUCUUACGCCGUGAUUAGGGACCAGAAUAAACUCUUUUUCAUGUACUGA